AGCUCCUGGGCUCUAGCUUCGAAGCUAUCCCCUUAUCACUUUAUCACUUUAUCACUUUAUGUGUUCUAUAGUUCUCAGAUGAAAGAGACCUCAGUUUUUUGCAUGCACAAUUCUCGACUCAUUUGUUGCUGUGUUACCUGUGUGUCAAACACAUUGUUCCAUCCUUGUACUCGCACAAGUCAUUGCAAGAAUCUAGGCGUAUGAGUAAUGGAGAAGAUAUCCUUCCAUCCUGUCUAAAUCUGAAGAUGAUGUGCAUGUACUACCUAUCUUAAAGCUUUCCAUGCAUAUGUUGUCUUUCUCGCCGCCAUUGAUCCCUUAACAGAUGCCACAUAAGAUCUGAAGGAUUCAACUGAGCCUAGGUCUAGGCGGUAUCAGUUGGCAGAAAGGCAAGGAAGGCAACACUCACAACCAACACGCAUGAGGGAGAUCCAACUACUACGCUAUGGGUAAUUUUUACUUCUAUAUUUCACAAGGAAAAAGAAGGCAAAAAUAGAAGGGAUGGCUGCGACAUCAAAGCAACUUACGAUGCGUGUUGCGACACGUGAAGACGCACCUCGGAUUGCGGAGAUUCAUAUGGCAGCGUUUGGCCCCAACGCCAUGCUCCAUGCCCAGUUUCCCACCCCCGCAAUCCGUCAGGGGUUACAAACCUCCAUCGAACACAAGGCUCUCGCUGAUAUCGAUGACCCAAAGACGACUGUGCUUGUGGUGACAAGUUCUGACGACCCGGAAAGUACUGGUAGUUCUGUUGUCGCAUUUGCCAAGUGGUCGCACCCUGUCCAACCCGGCGAAGACUACGUCGAACCGCCUUGGAUAUGGCCAGAGGGUACUGAUCUCAAAACCCUAGGAGAUUGGGUCACCAAAGCUGCCGAGGUUGAGAAACGCUGUAUCGGAGAUGCUCAAUGCUAUCAUCUCUCUUAUAUCGGUACUGAUCCUGCUUACGCUCAACAUGGAGCCGGUAAACUGUUGAUGCAGUGGGGUAUUCAGCAGUCUAAGGCAAGCGGUUUUCCCCUGUAUUUGGAGAGCACUGUCGAAGCAGCUCCCUUUUACAAAAGAAUGGGGUUCACGGGCGGGGAAAUAAUAUCCCUACCUAUUUGCGUUGAUGGUGGUACUGAGACGCAAAUAUACGAAGAGGUUGUCUUUACGUACUACCCAGCAUAACACGGUCAGCCUAGCGAAGCUUAGAUGGGUAUAGAUUUUAUUACGGACUUCAUGGUAAACUAUCGUUGUCCUAAAAGGUUGAAAGAUGAGAGAAACCCGGUAUUCACCAUGGUUCUAGAUUUGGCGUUUCGUAAUGGAACUCACCUUGGCAGUUUGGGUACCUGCCUACGGCCGAGUGUGCGGUCUUGACUACUGCAUUUUCGAGGUUGAUAUCAAUACACUUCGAUACGCCACGUAGCAGGAUCACAUCUGCCCUUUACAGAAUAGCUAGAAGACUAAACAAUAAGACAAUACAGAGCGGUAUAUUUCA